AGGAGGAAAAGCCUCUACCGGAGGACGAGUUCAAGCGCCAAAUUUGGCUGCUGUUCGAGUAUCCGGAGAGUUCGAGCCCUGCCCGGGGGAUUGCGGUGGUGUCUGUGCUGGUUAUAGUCAUUUCUAUUGUCAUUUUCUGCCUGGAGACGCUGCCGGAGUUCAGGGAUGAAAAAGAGUAUCUACAGCCACGAGUCAACUCCACUCAGCCUGAUCACGGAUUUACUCCUUUCAACGACCCGUUUUUCAUAGUGGAAACAGUUUGCAUCAUCUGGUUCUCCUUUGAGAUUAUAGUCCGCUUCUUUGCGAGCCCGAGCAAGCCUGCUUUCUUUAAAAACAUUAUGAACACUAUAGACAUUGUAUCCAUUUUGCCUUACUUCAUAACUCUCGGCACGGACCUGGCGCAGCACCAAGAAAACGGGCAGCAGGCGAUGAGUUUUGCCAUCCUGAGAAUAAUCCGCCUCGUCAGGGUGUUUCGCAUCUUCAAACUUUCCAGGCACUCCAAGGGGCUGCAGAUCCUGGGUCAUACCCUGCGUGCCAGCAUGAGGGAGCUGGCCCUCCUUAUUUUCUUCCUCGUCAUCGGAGUCAUCCUCUUCUCCAGCGCGGUCUACUUCGCAGAGGCGGACGAGCCCACGUCUCAGUUCACGAGCAUCCCGGACGCGUUCUGGUGGGCUGUGGUGACCAUGACCACGGUGGGUUACGGUGACAUGAAGCCCAUCACGGUCGGGGGGAAGAUAGUGGGCUCCCUGUGCGCAAUAGCGGGCGUGUUAACCAUCGCUCUGCCGGUGCCGGUCAUAGUGUCCAACUUUAACUACUUUUACCACAGGGAGACGGAUAAUAAUGAGGACCAGGCGCCGGUGGUGGAGAGUAUGCCCCCGGGCUGCCCCUACUUCCCGGACUUUUUAAGGAAAUUCAAAGGUUCGCCCUCUGGCUCCUCGCUGGGUGAUAAAGCGGAGUAUAUGGAGAUGGAGGAGGGGGUGACGGAGUCGUUGUGCGGGCUGGACAAAAGCCCGAGUAAAGGAAAUGGCACAGACAUAGGCCGGAGAAACAGUACUAACUCUAAAUCCAUUCAGACUGACGUGUGACAACAAAUAGAGUAUCUUUUUAAGUGAAAUAUGCCCUAUAAAGAGACUGUACGAGCAGGUGGUCCCCCUAACACAAGUUUUACGCACACAUACACAUACACACAUACACACACACACACAUACACACACACACACACACACACUCAUAAAUCACUAAUUGGCAGGUUUAGGAUAUUUCAUUCUCUACAUCUCAGAGCAAAAGUUUCUCUCAAAUCCUCUCCACGCUGAUGAGCAAUUAAGACAAAUAUUCGCCAAAUGGGUUGAUAAGUUAAGUCAUGUAACCUUUUCGGGCUUCCAAAUCUGACAUCAAAUCGAAAUUCUAGACAAGACAGGCUAUGCAUUUGCACUUUAUGGGUUUCAUCUGUCAGUAACAGAAAGGGUAGGGAUGAUCGUUUUGCUGAUAUGCAAUAAAGUUAUUUUGUUUGCACUAAUGUAGAAUCUACGCUGGUUUAGGCUGAUUUUUAUUUUAGAGACAGAAACUGUAGGCCAUGCAAAUGGCAAUAAUUGAGUCCUCUUCUGACCUUAGCUGAAGAAUGUUUGAGUUACUUCCUCACAGAGAGCAAACUAAAGUUUUGAACAACCUCUUUCAUACAUUGCCAAUAAAAAUUGGACUCCAGUAAAGGAAAAAGUCAAAGACAGAUAAAUAAAGCUUUUGUUACUCCUCCAACUCUUAAUGUGAUAUAAACAAAAAAUAGCAUUUAGAAGUCAUCAAAUAAAGUAGGGCUAGACUUAUUUCUAUGACAUCCACACAAACAUGCUUUUCCACAGCAGGCCAAGAAAAGCCUUGUGUUGUCGAGCCACCAUGAGAGCUAAGCACAGGAAUCAUUCAGUUCAAUACGGCUGGAGAAAUGACUCGCCUCGCCAGGUUUCCUAUGGACAGGCUAGGGGGGGUCUUGGCGACAAAAGUUUCCCCAGCUUAAUUUAAAAAAAACCUCAAAGAGACAAUAUCCCUUUACACGGACGUGGAUGGAAAGCUAUAGCAAAAACGACUCUGUUUAGGAAACUCCUCAGAGGGGAGUUAUUGAGCAACUUCCUCUUCUGUCCGCUGGACUUCGUGCACAAAUAUUCUUUUUUUCCUCAAGAGGACUAUGAUUAUCUGCGAGCUCAGAGGAUGAUCGGGAUGUGGAUGUCUUCCAAGCGCUGCCAGUUAAGAGAAAACGGAGUUUCCCCCCACAAAUCUGGAAAUUGCAGACAACAAGCAAAACAAUGUGACUCGUCGUCUUGAGCACAAGCAGAGACCGAAAAAAGCAACAACAACUGAACAGGACUCGGCAUUUGGACGAGAGAGGAUAAGAGCUCCUGUGUGACAUGAGUAAACAAACAAACUCUCGAAGGGUUAAGACUGGAGUUUUAAAAAAAUGAGUAAGUCGUGGCCCAAAGUGAUUGCCUUAAUUAUUACACAUAUACAGAUGUAUGAAGCGGUGAAACUAAGAGACUUAUCAAAGUACAAAGAUGUUUUAUUUACAUGUGAAAAAAAGUGUCUUGUAAGGAACAGAUGUGAAUAUUUUACUAUGAUAGAGAUAAUGUUUGGUUGUAUCGUCGACAUAAUGUUUUAGUUGGGUCGGCUUCGUAGGUGUCAUUGGUUCCUAAAUGGUGAGUUUGCUCUCUGCUCAUGUGCAGGAAGCAGUAAGACUUAAUCUAUUUUUAUCCUGUUUCAUAUUGUCAACCAAACAAGGCUGGCCUGAGUUGCUCACUCAAACGCUGGCAACAAAAUCUCUUGACUCAUAUCGUGUCAUAACACAUGAAAAUCCUCAUUCAGAAAGUGUAUAGAGGGGGUGGGAGAGGUAUACUAGACGUAUAUUGACUGGCUCAAUGCUACACACUGAAAUAGAUCAGAAGAAUAUCCUCUUACAUUAAGAUCCACUUACACUUAAGCAAAGAUGUCAGGCACAUAAACACCGUCAUAAAUAUCUGCCACACUCACUUUCUAUCACAGAAAAAAAAAACUGCAGAUGAAACUCGCCGGGCCCUCACCGCCCCCGAGAAUCAUCGUCGUAGAGACGAAUUACCUUAGGUUUCUUUCUCAGAUGCAAAUUUAGAGCUGACCAGCUGCUUUGUUGAUAUGUUUUCACUUUGAAUUUAACUGUAUGCAAAAGUAACAUGGACGUGUGUUCUAUAUUUUUUUAAACCUAGCCUUGAUAAUUACAUAACCAAAGGUGAAACCCUGAAUUUAUUGUAUGUUGUGGACUUCUGGAAAAAUGUUGUGAAAUAGAUGCACACUGAAUAGGAAAAAAAAUGUACAUAGCAGACAUUUAUACUUGUGUGUCCUAAGACGUGUUGCAGAUAGAGUACUUUGAGACUUUUUACUUUCUUUGACUGUUAUGACCAUCGACCAUUAUCAUCCGUGUUUGGUUUGUCCCCGCUGAUACAAUCAUGUGUGGCUCAUAUUGUUGCGAGUGCUGCUUCAACAUUUUUCAUUGUCAGGUUUUUUUUUUUUUUAUUCUUCUCUUUUGUUUAGUGUUUCUUUUUCUUUUUUUUCAACCUGGCCAUUAAAAAUCCGCCCAGUCAUUUAUUUGGCACACACAAACAUAAAGUUGCUGAUGUUGUUUGUGCAGCUUUGUCCGUCAGAUUCUGUUACCUCUCUUGGACCUGCAAUGUUGCUCGUAACUGAAGAAAUAGCCACUGAUUUGCCAGAUUAGUUGGCCACUAUAUAGUUUUCUAAAGCAGUAGUAACUUCUAUUACAUAUUCACAUGAAGACAGUGGUUUGAUUUCCUAUGUUUUCCUUUUUUAAAAGACAUCCUUUAAAUGCUGGGUUAACAAUAAUAUCACUUAGCAAGCUUGAAUUUUGAGCUUUGGUGUUUUUAUCUCUAUUACUGAAAAUCCAAAGUUCACAUUCUUGCUCUUUUUUCCCAAAAAUACAAUCUGUAAUCACCUCAAAAAUCCCUCUGAAGAUCUGUUUACUGAAUUUUACAGAUAUUUCUUUGUGUAAGGAAAACUUCUAACCACAAGUUGACCACAAUAUUUUUAAAAUAGAUGUCAAAAGUUUGCUUUGGAAAUCCUGAUGGGGAGUUAGCGCUUACUGGCAAAGAGUAGACACACAUUAAGUUUAUGACUUUCUGAAUUCCAAAAGUUUUACCAGAAAUACAGCCAAAUUUAGGGAUUGUCAAUCUGCAAUGUGGUUUCUCCUUCAAAAAGUUACACAUCUGGGGUGAAUGAAAGACAGAACAAUCCAAAACGAGAACAGAACACAAAGGAAUUAACGUGAAUUAAAAUGUCAGGGUGUAGAUGUCUCUGUUGAGAAUAUAAAUCUAACCACAGUAUUAAAGGAAAAAACAGGUUUCCAUCAUUUUCUCUAUUUAGUUUUUUGGUGAUUCGCCACUAAGCAUUGUACUGCUCCAUAAAGGACAUUCACAAUUAUUUCCUCUACUAUUAGCCAACUAGCAACAGUAUGUUUUUUGAUUCUCAACUUUUAGCUAAGCUAUGCUAGGCUAACAAGCUGCUGGCUGUACAUAAUUACAUUCCCAACAUAAGAGGGAUAUAAAUCUUCCUAAAGCUCCUGUGAAGAAAUUUUAGCAGGUUAUAAAACAGACUGAAAUUCAUAUUGAAGCCUCUUUAUUUGCUACAAAAGCAAACAAGAUCAUCAGCAUAAAGAGUGACUAAUUCAAUAUAGUUAUUUUUUAUGCCUGUAGCUACUGCCACAGGGUAGGUGUCAGAUGAAGUGAGUUAAACAGCAUUUUCUUUCAACAUAUUUCUUGGCAAAGGUUCUUAAUGACAGAACGCUUUUACUGUUUAUAGAAAGCAGGAUGAGAUAGUUGUUCAAAAACAUUAUCUACCCAUACAGGACAAAAUCAGCAGUACCACUUUGUCCAUAGGGGGCCCAAAAAUGACAGUAACAGAAAGUUCUUUAGUUUAUUCAGUCAGACUUACUAGCUAACUAACUAACUAGGUUUCUUUUAAACAAAAAAAUGCAUUAAUUGUUGUGGCAGUAGAUUAAAUGACCAUUUAAACUUACUAUAAAGAUCUAUUUUCAGAAGUAAUUUUGAUCCCUGUUAUCUUGUCAGUUUAUCUGCCUAAAGCACAAGCUGUUCAAGAUCUGGUUUGCCAAGCCAGCAUACUUAAAUUUUGGCCUGGAGUUUUAACCUGGGAUCAGUCAGGUGAGGCCUGUAGUUGUCAAACUGAUUUUUGGCACACUUAAACAUCAGAGACAUUCAUAGCCCAGAUGCAGAAUUACCAUACAAACAGCCAGUGUUGGCCAGAAGCUGAGCUGCAACAAUACUGAUAAAUUUACCAGAGACAAAUUAAUCUACCCGGUGAUAUGUUGAGCUACAGCCGGGUUUUAUCACAGAGCAGAACAAAAGACGCUAAGCCAAAGACUAAUACGCCCACAGGUUAACAGAGACAACAAGAACCGGAUCAGCAUGAGAAGUGAGCCUCCAGGCAACCAUAUCCAAUCAAGCAGAACAAACAAGCACCAGAGGACACUGCAAAAAUAGUAUCCAACCCAUUUCCUCAAUCUGUGAAUUAAAACUAUUUAUUUGGUUUGAGGCUGCAAUUAUGUCAAGUUGCACUGAUACAACGUCCUCACUUAAAUCUGCUGUCACCAGGAGAUCAGCUGCGGCCCAGAGGAGGGAGGUGUACGUUAAUAUUUGAAGCAACAAGAUAAUAAAGGCCUAUGGGCGGAUUUUGACGCAGAUUGAAUUUUACAGGGAGGAACAAAAAUUAUCCCGAUGUGUGAGCUGAAUAAGCAAAGGUCAUAAUCCACAUUAACACGCAUGGAUGUUUAUUAAGAGGUCAUGCAGGACAUAUCAGGAGUAAAAAAAAAAAUAUAUCCUCAAGACUUAACAACAAAUGAUCUUCGCCUACUAAAGCGCUGCAUAUUGUUGCUGUGGAUGUGAAAUUUACCUGCAGCAACAUCACUUUAGUGAUAAAUGUUAGGGAUGUUAAAAGUCUCUGUGGAGACGAGAUAUUACACGGUGAGAGGAGAAUAUUUUAAUUAUGAUCAACUAUGAGCUGGAAUAAUCAAUAAGUGCAACAUUUAUAAUAUUUUCUGGCCAGAGGAGGAUGAGAAGAUUCACUUUACAUAGUUUAAUCACUGUCUUAAAAACAGCUUGAAUUUCAUUGAAGAACUAAACUUAUCUAAAAGAAAACUCUUGUUGGGCAUUGAUUUCACAUUAAGAAGGGCUGUAUCAGUGUGAGAAACUGCUUUUCUGUUAAGGCUCACACAUAUCUGAGGCCUAAACAUCUCUGAGAUUCCCACAGAGCAACAACGUAAGAUUAACUUUUUAAAUGAAUGCCUCCCAUAAUCAAUAACGAAGGAUUUCUUACAAAAACAACAAGUCGACCACAGAUCUAAAGCCAGGCAGACCACAGCCUGGUGUUUACCAGACACAGCGAUGUACUCAAUUCACACUCUUUCCAGUGUUACCAGAUUUCCCUGACGAAAAUCUGCAUUUUCAGAUCAUGAAGUCUGCCCAAUGACCAUAAACAUAGCCAGAUUUUAGAUUUCUAUUUCCAUAAAGGGAAGGAGCCUCAGAACUGUUUCCAUCCUUGGGUAGUUUGCCUUAUUUGUACAAUUAGGUAAAAGCCCAAACCCCCAACAAAAGUUCUAAAAUAAAAAAGUAUCUCACCCGAAUCUGGAGAGUAAACCUUAGUUGUGACAAACUAGGAGAUCAUUUGUUUUUAUUGAUAAUCUGCUCUCAGUCGCUCAAUCUCAAUCAUACCACUCUGAGCUGUUUCACUUGCCUUUCAAAGAUGUCAACUCAUUACGCUCCUUUUCUAUCUUCAGUCUGUCAUGGCCUCCAGCCUAAUCGAUUACUGUGAGGGAGGGGGGUUUCAUUUUCUCUAACCAAUCACUAGAGACCAAUGUAUCCGCCUGAGUUUGAUGUCAUCUUUCAUCUACACAAGUGUAGAGAUGCCAGCACAGUGAUAUUGCCAAUUAGUGCUAUUUGACUGAAGACAUAUUUUAUGGCCAUGUUCAGUUCUGGCUGCUGUUCAAAAAACAUAUUCUCUGUUCUUUCUGUGUUUUAAAGUUAAAUAUUUUUCCUUUACCUGUGAAUAUGUCUACAUGGUGACUGGCUGGUUGUCACUUUAACCAUGAAAAUAUAUUAUUCUACUUAUUUUAAUGCUAUUUAGUGAUUGGAAAGACUCACUUACAAGUGCAGUACUGCCACCAACUGGUCUGGAGUGGAACAAGGGCAGUAGAUGAAGGAAAAGCAGUGAAAUUUGGGCAAACUUGGACAGUGAAUUAAAAGAAUUAAAAAAAAACUUGUUUCACCCUGAUUGAAUAAAGAGCCAUUUUUCAUUUGGCCAAUGAAAUAUUUCAACCUAUGUACAGCUUUUGCCCCAUUGUGAAUGGAGUGGACGAGUUGAUAAAAAAAACAACUAUGAUCUACAAAUUGGACUUUUUUUUAAUGUUUUUGCUCUAAAAAAAAUAUGUUUUGCCAAACGCUCAGGCAUCUUAAAAAAAAAAAAAAAACCUGACAAAGCUUUGCAGACAUAUCCCCUCCUUAUGGCUCAGUUUGGUAUUAUGGACACACACACACAUUAGUCUGAGGAUCAAAACUAGAAGUGUUUGCUGUAACAACCACAGCGUCAGAUAACACCAUGACACUUUCAAUGUCUUGAUCCCCUUAUGAACAAGGUGGUUUAUGAAGAGCUCUGCAAAACUGUUGAAAUGGGACAGUUUAUAUUUGAUUACUGUUGUGCUGGUUUUUAUUUGACUGACUGGAUUGUAGGCUGAUUCACAGUCUGCCUGCAGAAAAGUAUUAGCACUCUUUCCUGCAAAUUCAAUGAUUACAGUGUUUUUAGAAAAUUACCUCAUAUAGGAGACAAAUGAAAUAUUUUGAAGGACUGCUUUGUGUUGAUGAAAAGCCUUUGUAUUAGCUAACAUCAGGAAAUCACUCAAAAUUACUGGGUUAAUAACAGGGUUAGCUCACGUCACUUAAUCUGGGAAACACUCAAUGGUCACUGCUUCAAGCUGUCAUUUAGGUAACACCUUGAGGUUUUUCAUUGAUUCAGGAGCCUUAAUAUCACUCAAUUGUAUCUUUACAAUUUUAAAACAGCUUUCAUUUUCUGGCUUCUACCGUGUGCUAAAGCAGAAAGGGAUUACAUCAAAAUGUUUCAUCUUUAGUGAAUGUGUGAUUUGGCUGGAAUAAAACAUUUAGAGACAUGUACACACAUAUCCUGUGAUCAAUAGACGGUCUCUCAUAGACAAUCACAACAGCCAGCCAGUUAAAAGCCAAAAGAUAAUCUUUUGCUUCAGGACUGCUUUUUCUGACUGCUGCUGCUGUCCUUUCAUGGUGUCUCAAUGGGUACAAGAAUACAUCUUUGCAGUAAUUAUACCAGCCGCCCUCAUUCAUCAGACUAUGUUAUCUAUUGGACAUUCAAAUAUAUCAUCAAGGAUUUAAUUGUUUUCAUUUGAUAUAUGAAAAUUAACUUAAUAUUUUUUCAGUUUGAGAUAUUCUGUGAGAUUGAGCAGAGAGAAAUUAUUCGGGAUGAACCUAACGCCAAAGUCCCUGUUGAUUAGACAGAUAUUUAAAUAAACACUACUCAUCUAGUAUCAAGGUAAGAAAACACUAACACAGUCAUCGUUGUCAUGUCCUGUGUUAUCUUCUCAGACAGAGUGGGAUCACAGCAUCUGCAGGUAAACAAUGUCAAAUUGGUUUUCCUAAUGGGACCAACAUUAGCAGCCUUGGCGCCACCAGCCUUUGAUUCCAGGUUGAGGUACACAUGACUGUGCUGGUUACCCAUCGCUGGUCGAGUGAUUGCAUGCCAGUAUAACCUGACAAAACCUACAUAUCUCCAUUUUCGAGACAAAUUACUCCCAAACCCAUUGGACCUACGAGAUGCCAUCUGUCCACUGUGCUAUGUAACCAUAUCUAAUGAUUUAGUUGGCCAACCACACAUAUCAAGAAAUUAAAAGUUUUUUGGGGGGGGUUGGGGGGUACAACAAUGAAAUAAAAUAAAUAAUUAGAACAUAAAUGCAAAUUGUAAUAAUAGUGUAUUGCUUCUGGAAAAGAAAACAACAAUUAUAAUUUCCAAGUUGUGUAAUGAAUGCUCUGUUCAAUGUCAAUGUUUCAAAUCUUUUUUGGGUGGUUGAAAAAUCAUUGCUUAAUGUCCUGAGAGCUGAACACACAGCAGCAUAUGAGAGAGAGAGGAUCUCAGAAUAGUGAAAAGUAUGUUGUAACAGCCUGAUGACACUUUUGAAUAUGCUCUUUUUAGAACAAAGAACGUAAAUCUGGAUGAUUAAAGGCUGUGUUCUUCAGCCUGAAUAGACCAAUUAGCAUGUUAGCAUAUGUUUUGUCAUGUUACAUUCAAUAGACUUCAUGUAGGGAAAGGCACACUCCCCCUCAAAAAGCCUCAAAAUGUACCCGCCAAGAAUCAUCCAGCAUGUGUAAUUUUGGCUGUCAGAGAGAGUGUAAUUGAAAUGUUUUGUUUCUUCAAUCUGCAGUAUAAUCUUCAUUUAAGGAAGAUAGUGUCAGUCAUGACAAGAGUCUGUGGAAGAUUUUGUUUUUAUUCCUUUACUUCUCUCAAAAAGGAAUUGAUGGAGGAGGAGGGCAUCAGUGUGUGAAUUGAAAAAGUCAUAGGAUUGUCACAAUACCAGAAUAUUAAACUAUGAUAUGGUUAAAGAAAGAAAUCAAACAAUAUUGAUGCAUAGAAAUAGUCCUGGGCAUCCACUAUUGGGUAGUUUCUUGUUUUCAAUUAGCAAAUAUUGCAACAAACUCCUGCACGUUGUCUAAAUUGCACAAAUGUGUUGGAAAACUUUUGGUACUGCAAUAGUUCAGACUGAAAGGUUGCCAACGUAAGUGUGCAAUCUAGACAGAAGAUUUAGGUUUUUGUAAAGCUUCUGCACUUAAAAAAAAAAAACCCCGUCAUAAUCAUUAAAACAGGAGAAUAAAGUGGCGAAAAAAGUUAGUACAAAAUGUUGACAACCUAAGAUCACCAACAAAGAUUAAACAAAUUAAUGUAUUAAAAAGAGAAUUUAACCAGAAAAGAAUGGGGAUUACAACCUUAUCAGGUGUCUAUGCAAGAAGGAGCAGUUUGGUCAGCCAAGGCCCCGGUCGCAUGAUUAAAACGAUUAUGAUCCAGUUCAUCUACAUUAUUCAUAAUGGACGUCACAGUCAUUUCACCUGCAGAGAGGUAAAACAUCUACUCGCAGACAUUGCUGUACUGAUGUCAAAUAACUGGGACUGCUUUGUUGUUUUUCUUGGGACAGUAGCACAACUGGGGGACACAAUCAAUCUGUUGUAACUGCUUCACAUCAUGUUUGCUUCAUAUCCAAGCUGUUCAUUUGGCUUGUCACUCAUAAUGAAAGAGGGAAAUUAGGAUCAGUCAGCAAAGGAGAAGUGACAGUAUCUAUAAACGAACAUGUAAAAUAUUUCUACAGUUCAGGUGUUGAGAAAUAUCCAUGUGAGUUUUGGCCAGCCUUGCUUUUAUUCUGCAUGAUGCUUUGUUUUGAGAAAAAUGCAUCCUUACCAGAGGUAUGUUUGUAUUCUUUUCUGCUCUUCUCCUUCUCUUUCACUCUCUCCCUCCCACUCUCUCCCUCCCUCUCUCUCUCUCUCUCGUUCCCUCUCUCUCUGUAUCUUUGGAGCUUGUCACUACUGACCUUAAUUCUCACCCCCCCCCCCCCCUUUUUUGUUUUCUUUUUUUGGUAAAACCUUCCAACUUCUGGAUUUUCUACAUUCAUAACAUUUUGUAGACAGCAAUAUGAGAUGUGAUUGAAAAUGGAAUAUGUGCAAUGUUGACUAAAGAAAAAUAUAAUAUAUUCAAUAAAAAUUCAGAAAACAGAA